CCGUAAGCGAAUUAGGGUUUUGGAAAGGGUAGAUCUCAUUCUCUCUUUCAGCUUCUAUAUAUUGCGAAGCCCUUUCAAUAUUUUGCUCUCAUCGCCAUUUUUUUGCACAGAAAUUUCUUCCCAACUUUGAAGAUGGCGGAAGAGAGAUUGACUGGUGUGGUUCAGUGGUUUAACGAUUCGAAAGGUUUCGGCUUCAUCAAACCAGAUGUAGAAGGUCCGGAUCUGUUUGUUCAUCAAUCUUCCAUUAAAUCCGAUGGUUACCGGAGCCUUGUCGUCGGAGAUCAUGUCGAGUUUCAGAUCGCUCCUGGUGAUGAUGGCAAAUCGAAAGCCAUUGAGGUUGUUGCGCUCGAUGGAUCUUCGGGAAAUCGAAGGGAUAACUUUGGUGGUGGUGGUGGAAGGGGUGGUCGCGGCGGAGGUGGCGGUGGAGGUUAUGGGUUUGGUGGUUGGAGGGGAGGUGAUAGGCGGAAUGGGAACAGUGGAGCCGGUGGGGGUGCGUGUUAUCAAUGCGGUGAGCAAGGGCAUUUGGCGAGAGACUGUACUCGUGCUAGUAACCGCAGCGGCGGUGGUGGAGGCGGCGGUGGGUGUUUUACUUGCGGUGAAGUUGGCCACUUAGCGAGGGAUUGUCCGCGAGGAAACAGUGGCGGAGGUGGAGGUGGAGGCGGCGGUGGUGCCGGGGCUUGCUAUAAUUGUGGUGGUUUUGGGCAUUUGGCUAGAGAUUGCAAUAGGGGUGGAGCUGGAGGUGGGAGUGGUGGUGGUGGUGGUUGCUUUAAUUGUGGGGAAUAUGGGCAUAUAGCUAGAGAUUGCCAGAAUGAAAGCCGUGGCAGCGGCGGUGGUGGCGGAAGAUUUGGUGGCGGCGGCAGCGGCGGUGGCGGUGGGCCAAACACUUGCUUCAAUUGUGGGAAAUCGGGUCAUUUUGCUAGGGAGUGUCCUGAUGCACCUUGAUAAGGAGGGGGAAAGAGUAAUAGUAUAUAAUUUUUCCUUUAACCUCAAUAUUGUCCUUUAAUUAUGUUCUUCUUUUGGUGUGGAUGGUGGCUAUACGUAGCUUACUUGAGAGGUUUUUAUUAAUUUUGAUAUUUCAUGGUUGUUUCGCUCUUUAGGGGCAAAUUUUUCAGGUUCACACAUGGUGUGGUAAUUCGGUUAAAUGAGGCAUUUUUAUCUUCUUUUCC